GGACCCUUGCUCGAGCCGGGCACAGGCAGUCAGUUGCUCUCAGCUACGACAUGCAUAACGCAUGAGAGCGAUAUCUCUCUGUCACGAGCGACGCAGCGUACGGAGAUCUCUCGGCAGCACUAACCCUCAGGUUCGAAACUGUAUCGUGUCCGGGACGCGGUUUAGUGUGAUCUUGUUCUUAAUGCGUGUUAUCGCGGUGUGCGCUCCUUGCGGUAUCAGGUUUCACGGCCCGUUAAGGGCUCGACAAAACCGACCUGUGCCCAGGGACCGAAUGUAGAACGCCGUGUGCCGCCCCCCGGGACGCUGGACACUCUGCCCGCGGACUCUCCGACCAUUGACGGAAAGUAUACGUCGGAGGAAAGUGAGACGUUUUAUCGUCCCCGCGUACACGGAUUUAUACUCUGUCGGACUAUAUAACGCGUAACGAGGAAAUAUGGACUCUCCGUGUGUAACCUGGAUUGUGCAGUAUAAUCGUUACAAAGUGCGACCCGAUUACGGUGUCGCUCGACGGUGAUUUUAACGCCCGUUUAUCGACACUACGAUCGCUUCCAUCGUCCACGGUUGUGUGGUAGGGAGAGAGAGAGAGAGAGAGAGAGAGAGAGAGAGACCUUAUCUUCACCGCCGCCCGAAGAUCACGGAUUAAACAAGCAACGCCCGGGUGAACGAACCCCAAGGUGCGCGACAACCCCGAAACCAACCACGAGCCGUCCGUUCGUCCUCCGUUCCCCUGUUCGAACAGCGAUAACAGAGUCCAGGAGCGAGGGCAACGGGACCGUGUCGGUCUCGCUCGGCCGGCGCGAGUGCAGGAGGGUGGAAGAGGGUGGCAUCCGUCGAGGAGUCGAAGAGAGGCGAAAACGAGGUCCCAGGACCUUAGGCGAAAGCGGUGAAGAAGGGUGGCAGAGCCUCGCCACCAGGGCCGGUAGGUUGGAGUAGAUGGCUGCUACCACGUACAUGCCUGUUAGUAGCGCAGUGUCAGCUGAGCUGGAUGGUGGUUCCGGAUCCGGGAUCGGGAUGAACAUCGCAGUGGGUGGCUACUCCUCGGGUUCGCCCCGCAGCGCCGCCGACGCCGGGGAGAUGAAAUACAUGCCGGCGCCUCAGCACCACCAUCAUCACCACCAUCACCACCAGGUCUCGUCCUCGCCGACGCCUAACGGUCUCUCGCAUCCCGCGAGCCUCAGCUCGGCGAACCCCUGGGUCAGCCUCCAGCCCGGAAGCGAUCCUUGGGCGGCGUCGAUGGGGAUGCACCACACCUCGCACCACUCCCAUCACCACCCUCACCAGGCGAACGCGAGCCUCGAUGUGAAGCCCUUGGCCGCAGCCUCCGCCAACGACUCCGUCCAAGGGAUGCACCAUCGGGGUCCUCACCAGUCGCCGGGAAUGGCCUCGCCGCACUCUUGGCACGCGCCCGUCGUUCCCUCGGCCCAUUACAACCCCAGCGGCGGGGCCGCGUCGCCGACUACCCUCCAGCAGUACCACGCCGCGAUGAACGGCAUGCUGCACCAGCACCCCCAUCAGCACCCGCACCAGCUUCACAAUCAUCAAGCGGGACUUCCGCAUCAUUUACGGGACGCCCACAAUCACAGUCCACCCACGGGGCAUCCCCUUCAUCCCGGCCAUCCGCUCGACAGGGAUCACAGCGCCGGCGAGGAGGACACGCCGACAUCCGACGACCUCGAGGCGUUCGCCAAACAGUUCAAACAGAGGAGGAUCAAGCUCGGGUUCACCCAGGCCGACGUCGGCCUCGCGCUGGGUACGCUCUACGGCAACGUGUUCUCCCAAACGACGAUAUGCAGGUUCGAGGCGCUGCAGUUGUCCUUCAAGAACAUGUGCAAGCUGAAACCUCUGCUGCAGAAGUGGCUCGAGGAGGCCGACUCGACGACGGGCUCGCCGACGAGCAUCGACAAGAUCGCCGCCCAGGGUAGAAAGCGGAAAAAGCGGACGUCGAUCGAGGUUUCGGUAAAGGGAGCCCUCGAGCAGCACUUUCACAAACAGCCGAAGCCGUCGGCUCAGGAGAUAACCUCGCUGGCGGACAGUCUCCAGCUGGAGAAGGAAGUUGUCAGGGUGUGGUUCUGCAAUCGACGGCAAAAGGAGAAGCGGAUGACGCCGCCGAACACCCUUGGCGACGGCAUGAUGGAGGGAAUGCCACCCGGGCACCAAGGCCAGGGCGGCAUCCACCAGGGCUACCAUCCCCAGGAUCAUCUUCACGGAUCACCGAUGGGCCACAGUCACAGUCCCCCGAUGCUCAGCCCUCAGGGCCUUACGGCACAUUCCCUUACGGCCCACUAGCGUUCGCCGGGGCCUUCUCCACUAGGCCUUGCUAUAACCUCGCAGGCGAACUCUUCGUCCGAAGGGCUUCCGCCGUUUUAUCAUCACUACCUUCAGGCGCGCACGAGCUACUCCACUUCGUAGCUGGUGCAGCAGUCGCGUUACUUUGAGGGGUGUGAAUUAUGGACAAACACAUGAAUCACGGUGAUUUUUAUGAUAAAAGAAAGAAAAAAAGAACGGGUUAUAGAGCCAAGGCCAGCCAAGUACGGCGGGAAGGCUAUCUAUUUGUACCAAAACUUUGAAAGUGCUACGUCGGAUCCGGUAUCCACACCGUUACAAUGACGUCGUCGAGUCAACCUCGCGUACGUCGGGUUCGUUCGUUCGUUCGUUCGUUCGUUCGUUCGUUCUGUUGUGUGAUAAAUAAAUUAUUAUUGUUGGUGAAACUUUAAAUUGAAUCGCUAGUUCGCUAAAUUUGAUCAAGGAGUAACUAGCCUUUGGACUCUGGUAAUCGUGGUGACGUGGUGAUAUAUACAUAUUUUUUUCCUAUCAAUUUCCUCUUUCGUAAAUCGUAACAGUUACCGCAAUCUUUUAACGAGAGAAAUAUUAAAAACAAAAAAGAUAAUGCAAUGUACGGAAAUUGAAUUAUUAUACUUAUACCGUCGUUUGUGUACGUUAAACCUCCGGUGAAAAAAAAGUUCGUCAGCAACACUGUUCGCGAAGUUAUGGUUUAAAUUGUGCAAAUCAUGAAAGAGAAAAGAAAGCCUCGUUUCAUUACAUAGUUGCAAACAAUAUUUCUGUACAAUACUUUUUAUCCCGUCGAGACAGAGUUCAGAGUUAUUUCAUUUUUUUUUUUUUUUUUGAUUUGUCAAUUCUUUUACGUUUCACUAAUACGUUGACAAUGAGAGUGAUGUCGUUGAUGUCGACGGUCGUCAUUGUUUGUUGCGUGGAAAAUCAGUGCCGCGUGGACGCUUGUUUGAACGUUAUGUUGAAUGAAUAACGUUAUACAUAUAUAACAAUAAAAACUAAUAGUAAAACUAAAAGAGAGCGAGAGAGAUGAGAAAAGAAGAGAAAAGAAACUAGAGAAUGACUCUUGGAUGUUGAAGAGCACGGUAAAUAAUGAAACAUUAUAUUUCGUGAGUGCGAGAGUGGGUGCGAGCUUUAUAUAAGGAUCGAGGAUUCAGGAUCCAGAAGGUAACAAUUCUGGAUUCUGGACUCUGGAUGUGGAGGCUCGAAUGUCGUUUUAAAGUACGUAGGAGUGCCGCCGGGGUUUGCCUACACGGGCAAACCGACCGGCCAAUGAUGUAAUAUAAGUAAAUAUGGACUGUAAAUAACGUACCACAUAAAACUAAUAAGUUAAGUGAGCAUGCGUCGCGCGUCGCGAGGGAGAAAGAGAGGGAUAGAGAAAAAGAUAGAGGAGCGAGAGAGAGAGAGAGAGAGUGUGUGUGCGAGAGUGAGAGAGAGAGAGAGAAAAAGAGAGAAAAGAAGGAUAAUAAUAAUAAUAAUAAUAAUAAUCAUAUUAAGACAAGAAAAGAAAGGAAAAGACAAAAGACGAGCGACUUAGCGACCCCCUCCCACGAAAACCCCUUCUGUAUAAAGUAAGUAUAGAAAAUAUAACAAAGAUGUCGAAAGAUUCUAGAAAUAUUAUUAUUAACAUUUUAUUAUUCUAUAUUCUCGGGAUACAUAGUGCAAAAUGAGAUUUCAACGCGUGCUCAAAACACAAUCUUUCUCUAACGCAAACUUAUUUCUUAUCCGGCAUUUUUUCCCCCUCCCCCUUCGUUCAUCGGAUAAAUACUGCGGUACCGAUACCGACGAGACAGACAAACUGAAGGAAAUAAAAAAUAACACAAGAUAGGAUAAAUUUCAAUUAGUUUCGAUUGACGGUGUUUAAGUAUUGCAUUUGAUUCAUUGCAAAUUUAACGUGUGGCAAGAAGGGAAGGAUACACUCCGAUAAUUCUCUUCACGAUAAAUUUGAUAAUUUCAGACAGAACCGUUGCAUCCCGGUUCCGUCGCCGCUGGUACAGGUUUACGGUCCAAGUGAAAACGUUUUCUUCCUUUUUCAUUUGACUGUUUUUUUUUCUCCUUUACUUCUUCUUCACUUUUUCGCCGUUUUGAAACACGACAACACGUCUCAGUCACGUUUCGAGGCUGGACCGGCUAUUAGCACUUCCCACGAACUCAGGUGCGCACCCGACUAGGUAUAUAAUAUAUUUAUGUACCUGUGCAUGAUAAUAACCGAUAUUCUUCGGUGAAAUACGCGAGGAAAAUACACGUCUUGUCGUCUCGCUUUGCACUCUUGUUCCAAGAACACAUAUUAUAUUUGUGUAAUAUUAAUAUUAUUUUAUUUUUGAGUUAUUGCAAAGUAAACAAAACGAAAAAAAAAUCACAAAAAAAAAAAAUAAAAAACAAAAACGCAUCGGUUCUCUGAAUUCUGUACAUAUUAGAAUUAUUGUGUAACAUGUAUGAAAAAAAAAAAAAAAAAAGUGAAAUGUGAAGUCCUGUUGACGGUAGUGUAACUAUUCGAAGAUUUAAUGAAAAUGACGACAAAUGAGAAAAAAGAAGCAAAAAAAAGAAAACGUAAAAAAAAAAGAAAAAAAUUGUUUUAAUAGGGCGGUGGAAUGCGCGAUUUUAGUUUUUAUUUUUAUGUUUUGUGUUAUUGUAUGCGUGGCGUUUGGUUCUUCUGAUCGUCAGGGUUUGGAUUCUCGUAAUCGAAACUAUACACAUAAAUUUAUACCUGUAUAAUUUGUUGGGAUUUAACUGUAUAUCGUUGGUAGUGAAGUUAUUUAUUCGUUUCACCCCGUGUCUCGUUCUUAAAUGGAAAGAAACGUGGUAUGUGCAUACAUACAUUCGUGCAUGCAUUGUUCGUCUGAAAGAAUGUUGUAUCGGCUAACUUUUUCCACAAAUAUCCUCUUUUUUUCCAUCCUACGUGCAGAGCGAAUCGCAAGUUCACUCUCAAAGUGUCAAAGUGUAAAAGCAGGCUUUGAAAAUUUCAAACAACGUGAUCGUGAUAUUGUAAGGUUAAUAAUUGUUGUUUUUAUCUGCGAGGUUAUAAACCGAUCCUGUAUGCAUAGGUAAAUAUAUAUGUAUAUUUAUAUAUACUAUACUUAUACAUAUAUAUAUAUAUAUAUAUAUAUAUAUAUAUAUAUAUAUACUACAUACGAAAAUGUUGUGAUACGUAUGCGAGAAGAAGAGACCGCGCGAAAGAGAGAAAGAGAGUGACAGAGUGAGUGAGUGAGUGAGUGAGACAGAGAAAGAAAGAGAGAGUGAGAGCUUCUUGCAACAUUCGAUCGAACUACAUUGUGCUAAAUUUAUUAUUCGUCCAUAUUAUGUAUGUGCAGUAAAUGGGGAAGAUGUGUUGCAUGGUGGUGGGUGGCAUGUGAAGACCGGACUCUGAAAGAUUGGAGGAACCAAACGCUUUAUUGAAGGGAAUAAUUAAAUUUAAAAAAAAAAAAAAAAGGAGAAGACGAAUUGUAUAACGAAAACGUGGUAGAGAACUUAUUAACCAAUGGAGAGAAACCAUGGCCCCCCAAUCAAACCUAAUCUUAAAGAAAAAUUUAUCUAAUUAUUAUAAUUAUUAAAAGUAAAGAAACAUUGUAAUAUUUUUGUUUAUAUUAUUGUGAGAAAUGAUUAAAAAGAAAUAAGGGAAAAAAAUGAUGAGAAAAGAAAAUUGCAAACGUAUUGUGAAGCAGUCGAUCGUUCGUUAUAAUAUUAUUGCAUACUUUGGUUUUUGUUAUUUUAAUGAAACGUGUGUGGCAGAGAGUGUGGAGGAAUGCGAAUAUGUGAUUGGAUGCGAAAUAAAGUGAAUGCGAUUAUAGCUAAUAGGAGCCGUACUGUUGUUUGUAAAUAAAUAAAUGAAAAAAAAAAAAAAUACUAAUGGAAAAAUACAAUAAAUGAAUAUGUAAUUAAAGUUGUAAACAUAUUUGACAAAUUGAAGAGUUUAAUUGAAAUAAGUCGGUUCGCCCAAAUGUCUACGUCAUGGCAACUAACAUUCCUAUACAUAAAAUAUCGUGUAAUACCGAGCUCCAGUCACGUAAAAGUAGAGAGGACCAAAAAAUCAAUCGAACUUGCGAACGAAGAGAAACGUCUGAAACACGGCGGGCGAUGUGAUUCGAUACGAAAUGAAAACUUUGAUAUGGAUCGAUCUAGUCGGAUAUUAUAUACACGUAGCUUUGCGUUUCUGCCUUAGAGGCAAAUUUCGCAGGGGUGCAGGGGGGUAUUUGCAAUUUUCGUUGAAACUGAAUCGAGACCACAAACAUGUAACACAGGCUUCCUAUAACUAUAAGUCAAGUCUGAAGUCGCGUCGCGAGGUUUAUAGGUAGAUAUAGAUCAGGCAAUAGCCUCGAGGCGUUGUUUAGCGUGACACGAGAGGAGUUUUAAAAAGUAAAAAAUAUACAUUUCGGUACUAAAAUUACAGCCUUAUUAAAAUGAUUGAACUCUUCAAUUUAACGUAUAGAGACCCGCCCCGCGAAAAAUCACACGGCCGAAAGAAAUAUUCCCUAACCCCCCGCCCCUGUAUAUUAUUAUAUUAAAAAUAACUACUUAUAUACUUAAACGUAAAGAUAAUAAAAAGUUGAAAAUAAAAAUAAUAAAAAAAAAAAAAAAA